CCCAGAAACCUAACAUCGGAGCUCAAAUGGCGAAUUCAAUGGCUACGCUUUCUAGAAGACUCUACCGAUCUCUCCUAUCCAACCCCAGAUUCUCUCAAUCUCCCAGAUCUCUCUGCACCAACAACAACGUCGACGAGUUAUCCUCCUCCAUCUCAGACACUGAAUCGCCCCAUCAACCCAACGCCUCAGAUCGGAAUCAUCGUUUCUCGGGAGAAGAUCGCGUGAUGGAAGAGCGUCCUCUCGAGAACGGCCUCGACGCUGGCAUUUUCAAGGCGAUUUUGGUGGGGCAAGUGGGGCAGCUACCUCUGCAGAAGAAGCUGAAGAGUGGUAGAACGGUUACUCUCUUCUCUGUGGGAACCGGUGGGAUUAGGAAUAACCGGAGACCGUUGAUUAACGAAGACCCUAGAGAGUAUGCGAGCCGUUCUGCUGUGCAGUGGCACCGUGUCUCUGUUUACCCUGAGCGUUUGGCUGAUCUUGUCUUGAAGAACGUUGAACCAGGCACCAUUGUCUACUUGGAGGGUAAUCUGGAGACCAAGAUUUUCACUGAUCCAGUCACUGGUUUGGUUCGACGUAUUAGAGAAGUCGCUAUCCGUAGAAACGGCCGAGUUGUGUUUUUAGGAAAAGCUGGUGAUAUGCAGCAGCCAAGUUCUUCUGAGCUUAGAGGCGUUGGCUAUUACUGAUUUUUUAACAAACAAGUUCUCAUCAAGGUAUACAGUUCGGUAUUGUAGUUUUCUUCUCUUCAAUUGUCAGUAGCCCUUUUACAUUGUUUUUGUUUAGUUGGUGGUGGCAAAUAAACCGAACCAAUACAUUUGAGAUUAACCGAAUCAAAACCAAUAUCUCGAUUUAAGACUGA